UUCAGAGAAAUAUUUGAAAUAGAAGACAACAGAUAGGGGACGCAGAGAAGGCAGAGGGAGGCAGAAGGGCCAAUAGCCCCGGACGAGGGAAUCGGUACAAUCUGGCCUGUGUUUGCUGAUGAUAAUGCGCCUUUCCAAAGCCCUCAUAGACAUGGAGAUGGCAGAUUAUAGCGCAGCGCUAGACCCGGCGUACACCACUCUGGAGUUUGAGAACAUGCAGGUGCUGGCCAUGGGCAAUGCAGACACGUCUCCAUCGGAAGCAGCCAACCUCAACAGUUCCAACAGCAUCGGGGUGAGCGCGCUCUGCGCCAUCUGCGGGGACCGCGCCACGGGGAAGCACUACGGGGCUUCCAGCUGUGAUGGCUGCAAAGGCUUCUUCAGGAGGAGCGUCCGGAAGAACCACAUGUACUCCUGCAGGUUUAACAGGCAGUGUGUGGUAGACAAAGACAAAAGAAACCAGUGCCGAUACUGCAGGCUUAAGAAGUGCUUCCGGGCAGGAAUGAAGAAGGAAGCUGUACAAAAUGAACGGGACCGAAUCAGCACCCGGAGAUCCAGUUAUGAAGACAGCAGCUUGCCCUCCAUCAAUGUCUUACUGCAGGCAGAAGUCCUGGCACAACAGAUAUCAUCCCCAGUUCCUGUGAUCAAUGGAGACAUCCGAGGGAAGAAGAUUGCCAACAUCUCUGACGUGUGCGAGUCCAUGAAACAGCAGCUGCUGGUGCUGGUGGAGUGGGCCAAGUACAUCCCUGCCUUCUGUGAGCUGCCCCUGGAUGACCAGGUAGCACUGCUGCGAGCACACGCAGGAGAACAUCUCUUACUGGGAGCUGCCAAGAGGUCCAUGGUGUUCAAGGAUGUCUUGCUGCUAGGAAAUGACCACAUCAUCCCAAGGAACUGCCCUGAGCUGGUGGAGGUGAACCGUGUGGCCAUCCGCAUCCUGGACGAGUUGGUCCUGCCCUUCCAGGAGCUGCAGAUAGAUGACAACGAAUAUGCCUGCUUGAAAGCCAUCAUCUUCUUUGACCCAGAUGCCAAAGGACUGAGUGACCCCUCCAAGAUCAAGCGGAUGCGGUACCAGGUGCAGGUCAGCCUGGAGGACUACAUCAACGACCGGCAGUACGACUCGCGGGGCCGCUUCGGGGAGCUGCUGCUGCUGCUGCCCGUGCUGCAGAGCAUCACCUGGCAGAUGAUAGAACAGAUCCAGUUUGUCAAGCUCUUCGGCAUGGCUAAGAUUGACAACCUGCUCCAGGAGAUGCUGCUGGGAGGCUCAUCAAGUGAAACGCCGCAUGCUCACCACCCCCUGCACCCCCACCUGAUCCAGGAGAACAACCUGGGAACAAAUGUCAUUGUGGCCAACACAAUGCCUCCUCAGAUGCACAACGGGCAGAUGUCUACUCCAGAAACUCCACAGCCAUCUCCACCUGCGGGCUCAGGAGCAGAGCAAUACAAGCUGCUGCCUGGAGCCAUUGCAACCGUGGCAAAACAGCCCACCUCCAUCCCACAACCUGCCAUCACAAAACAGGAGGUCAUCUAGCAAUCUGAAGAGCAGCUGGCCUUGUUGAGAAGACCGUGUUGGAGAAAAGCCCAAACUGACUCUGUCACUGUGAAAAGAAAAGCCAUCCAGAGGUCCUUGGGUGCAAACACACGGACUUGCUUAUUGGACUAGUCCACCACUACCAAAAGCUGUCUUCCUGCUGUGGACACCUUGUCCCACGGGCAGCCCCGAGUCCCAGAACUAAGGCUGAAGCCUAACUGAAACCCACAGUCCCUGUAAGAAGAGCCAGAUUUUCACCUUCCUUUGUGGGGAGGUUACAGGGACUGGCUGGGGACAGUCAGACCAGACCCUGUGAAGAAGCAAUUCUCUGAGCUGUGUGAAUGGAGAGCUUCCCUCCUGCAGCCACACCAGCUUCCCAGACAGCUCUCAGUCCAGCCAAACUUGAUGGAUGUGGAUGCUCCCCUGGGAGCAUUGCAGCAGGUGAAGCACAUGGGUUUUGCUCAGGCAGCACUGGCAGAACUGCUCUUCAGCCUUGGCUAGUCCCAGGUCUUUGCAUGGUGUCCCCAUCCAAAAAGCUAACCUUCACAGCCAGCUCUGAGAGAUUGUUUUAGCUGAUACUGGUGCAAACUCUGGCCCACCAGGAUUCUCCACUAUUUGGAUCCUUCUGCCUUUUGAGGGGUUUUGCUGUUUCUGUGCCAUGACUGCUCUCCAACCACAAGGCUCAGAGAGACAACCACUGCCAAGUUCUUCCCCUACACUGCUACUGCCUCCUGUCUACCUGGACUGGGAAGUUGGGAGACCAUGGGAUUCAGGAGAUUUCAGCUCAUGGGAUGGGGUCACUCACCCCUGCACAGGCUGGCUAUGAGCAGCACUGCCCAAAACAACAUUGGCCCCACUACUGCUUCUCAGUGGUCAGAAGAAGACCACUGGAUGCCUAUUUGGAAGGAAGCAGGCUGGGGAGGAUGUAUGAUAUGGAGGGACCUGUGAGGGCAAGAAAAGCCCAAACCUUGCAGGAUGGACCAAAGCCUUGAGCUGCCCACAUGCUGGGAGCAUUGUCACCCAGGAUCUGAGGUCAGACCCAGCUUUAAUGCUGAGAUAGCCCAUAUAAUCUACCUGUCCAGUCCAGUGCCACUCCCUCAGCUUAGAGUGGCUGAUAACAGCUUUGUAGGUAUUCAUAACACAAUCAGAAUUUGCUGCUCUCCAACCCUCUGGGGUCUGAAGGAGCCAUAACAAUCUCAAAACCACAAGGCUUCGAGUCCUGCAAAGAACAGAGUUCAAGCAAAGACCCUGUAUCACCCAAGCCCCUUGGGUCUGCCCCAGCCUUGGGUCUGCUCCUGCCCACCCACCCUGCUCCCUCCCAUCCCCAUUUCCCUGUGCCACAAGCCUGACCUCUGGUUUACAGCUGAACCAGGAGCCCCCCCGCACCCACCUCUCCGGCUGCACUGCUCCAGGCUCCAGCCAUUGUUGGCAGCACCACCCACAGCAGCUCCCACUGACCAUGGACUGUGUGGGGUGCUGGCCUCUCAGGAGGAUGGGGCUGGGGGAACCACGAGAGGUCCCUGGUGGGGAGGAAACUGAGCCAGUCCAGCCAGAGGAGCAGCAGGUCUGGCCCUUGAUCCCCAAAGCAAAGAUGAAACACCUCUCCCUGUGCUGAGGGUGCCAGAAGUGUUGGAUCCCCCCUGCAGGCUGGUGGCAGUGUACCCAGUAAUUUAUUGCAAUGAUGAAUCCAAUCAUUUUCUGUAAAUUAUUUUGUAAAUCACAUUGAUUAUUUAUAACUGGGAGAUUAAAUGCAAAAAAAAACCAAACCCAAAACCAACCCAAACAACCCUGUGAUAACCAGGCUGUCUUUUCCAACUGCAGCACCUUUUUUUUUUCCUGUACGUAGAGACACUCUGUGGGGAGCCCUUUUUGGUCCAUUUGCACCAAGCAUUCCUCAAUACUGUACAUUAAUUUUUGCUGGUUACUGCCUUCCAAUGGAAACAGAGGAAUAUUUCUUCACUAGAGUUUGUAUUCAUUUAAAAAAGAAAAAAAAAGAAAAGAAAAAAAAAGAAAUAAAUGCAAAAAUAUUUUCUAA